AUGGAGGGCCAGGAUCACAACGCCAAGGCCGUGAAACGCUCUCAGCCGACUGUGCCCAUCCAACAAGACUUCUUGUUCGUCGAUGCAUCUGAAGCAAAGGCAUCGCGCCAGGGACGGCGCAAUGCUCGCUCGUUCGUCAUGCAGAAGGCGAGGAGGGCGCGGCCAUGGUCCACGAGCAAGCAAGCCGCAAAGCAGAGGGCCCAAGGAAGUGCGAGCCCCCCAAGUGUAGGCACACCCAACUCGCUAUCAACUCCAAAUACAGCGUCGUCGAGUCCUACUUCUGAGUCCAGUCGAAAUGGCUACUUCCCAGCUUUUGAACAGACGAGUUCUGGCAUGUUCGAGCGAGGUGUGUGCUCAAAUUGUCAAAUCUUUGUUGCCCGCCAUGGGCAAACAUUGUGCCCGAAGUGCGUCUUACUUUUACCUACUGGUUCUGUAAAAGAACCGAACAACAGUACUCUUGAUCCUUUUGGGGCUUCGGCUCUCAAGUUAGACAGGGAGAUGUCAGAGCUACUUGAUCAUUUCGUCCAUGAGAUGGUUCCCGGAGUGAUUGGAGUUGAUGUUCGACGCAAGUCGACCUUGAUGAAGUCAGAGUGGUUCGACAUCGCACUGAGUAACAAAGGCUUCAUGCAUAGUUUGCUCAGUACAGCUGCAUUGCACAUGUUCGUUUUUGGUAAAGGUACCGUGAAAUCAAUCCUUGAUCACCGCGCAAAGGCUAUCUCGGCAGUAAAUAAGGCUUUGUCGACACAGGAUCUUGCUGUUCGUGUAUCGGACGCAACUCUUGGUACCGUCUUUAACCUCUUGACCGUGGAGGAAGGUCUGAUGAUGACCCACUUCAAGAAUGAGAUACCGUUCAACGAACAGCCAAAUGCCAUGGACAUGCAUUUGACCGGCCUGCGAGAGAUGCUGAGUUUGCGCGGCGGCUUAGAAGCUGUUGGCACCAAUCGCAUUUUACAAGCCUUUAUACUUUGGCAUACUACAGCUCACGCGAUAGCACAUUUCAAUGCACCCUACCCCACGACUCUAACGUACAUCCGCGCGGCAGAUCUUCCUCACCAUCCACGAGGCUACAGCCCGAAUUAUUCACAGCAUCUUGUCACUUUGUGCUGCUACGCAGGUCUUGCAAAAUCCCUUACUGAGUUGCUGGAAUCUGUGCUGAUACUCGCUGCCGACUUGAACGCAUGGUACGAUGAUCCAGAGAGUCUACUUAAUGCGCUUGACGUGCAGAACUUCUCCUGCUCACUCGAGUGUUUGCUGCUCGCAUGGAUCCAUGAAAAAGAACCUCUUAUCACGCCUCUCGAAGGCGCUCUCUGCGUUGCGCUAAUCAUCUUCACUGUACGGACGACCGAAGCGCUUAAACGACCGUCCGAUAUCCACCUGCUACACUUCGCCGCUAGCAAGCGGCUCGAAAGUGCGCUCAAUUGCACUACGCGGGCAGAGUGGCAAUCGUGUCCGGAUCUGCUUCUUUGGAUCUUGUCCAUUGGUGCUAUCUCAGCCGAGUGCUCAGCAGAGAGUGCGUGGUUUACUCAUCAGUCUUCGCUGGCAUGCGCCGAGUUCAACAUCGACUCUGCAGAAGCACUACUGGAACGACUAAGUACCUGUGGCUGGGUCAACUACAAGCUCGACGAUCCCGUCGGCCGUCUGUGGAACAGGAUCGUCCACCUCAGACUCGAACCAUACUUGAACGUACCAUCGCCGAACAUAGGAAACGCUGAUAGCCCUCCUGGGCCGUUACAAAACAAUCUCAAGGAAACGGAGCUUACCGAUUGGCGCACCACUGACUGGGCCGCCAUUGUUGCAGCUACGCCUGUACAAGAGGCGGAGACCAGUAAUGCAGGAGUAAGUUGGACAGUAGCAACAGCGACUGGAUCUGAUGAUGUUUUCGGCGAUACUUUGCUUCAUUCUAGACGCGAUCACGGAGGAUACGGAUUGCUAUGUUUGUACCCUGUUUUAUUGCUUCGAUCGUUGCGACUGCGAUAG